CAAAUCUUCCUGCCGGCGAGUCGCACAGCCAAUUAGCCAUCAUCGCUACUCUAUUUUCUGCGAUCCAUACAGUAGAGUGAGGUUCUCAUUUUUCAAUGUCCGUCUCAAAUUCAAAUAUUGCAUUGAAAGCGGGAAGCCCAGGUCCGUUGUGUUGUAGUAUGUACCUAGCGAAAUAGCCUCUUGAUACUCCAUUUUCAUCUCUUCGAACAUGGCUGGCAAAAGUAGCAAGAAACCACUAAGCCUCAACGAUAGCCAUUAUCGAUUCCUCCAAGACCUUUCUGCACCUCCGAAGCCCUCCUCGAAGGCAUCUGAUGACGAAGAUGAGUCGUCGCCGAUAAUGCUCAAAGGCAGAAGGCAGCAGCAGGGCAAAGCUUUUUCCAGGGAUGACAAAAACGAGGAAGAUGAUAGCAUCCCUCGAUUUUCUGCGAUCACCGACUUCGAUUCUUCUAUCGACGAAAAGCCGAUCAAGGUAGAAGAUCGACGCCUUCUCUGUACUGUCUCGCCAAAGCAAAAUAAUAAAGAUAAAGAUGAUAAUAUUCCCCAGUCUAAAGAUACGACCGGCUUUGAAACCCACAAAGGGGAAAAGAAAACUAAGGUCAAAAUGGAAGGCCGGCGUCGCCUAUGCAAGGUGUCAUGUGCAGACAAUGAUAAUACUGAUAAAAUGGUGGCGCUCGAUGACUCGGAGGUUUCUGACCUUGUGGAUUUUGAUUCACCCCCUUUGCCGACAAAAAAUGCGACUGAGAUUGAGAAGAGUCAGGGUAGGAGUGAAAUUAGGGAUAUAUUAGAUGAGUUGAGCUCGAAGUUUGAUAUUCUGUCAAUUGAGAAGAAGAGGGUACCUAAAUCAACGCAGACAUUUGAAAAUUGUUCAGCAUUGGUGAUAGGAAAUGAAACUACGGAAGAUAAGAAUGUUGAUUAUGCCAGUGCAGAUUCUUCAUUCUCAGCUCAACAGGACCCCUGUGACAGUUUAUCUGAUGCUACUAUCAGUGGAGGCAUUGAACUUGUAGAAGAUGAUUCGGACGAUUCUGUAGAAUUGCUGGAUCAUUUUGAUUCUGAGGAUUUUAAUUCUAUAACUAUGAAUGGCCCACAUUCCACAUACAAGUUGCCAGGCAAAAUUGCAAAAAUGUUGUAUCCGCAUCAACGUGAUGGUUUGAAGUGGCUUUGGUCUCUGCAUUGUCAGGGUAAAGGUGGAAUCCUGGGGGAUGACAUGGGUCUGGGGAAAACAAUGCAAAUUUGUAGCUUUUUAGCUGGUUUAUUCAAUUCACAUUUGAUCAAAAGGGCAUUGGUUGUGGCCCCAAAAACCUUACUUCCCCACUGGAUCAAAGAACUAUCUGCUGUUGGUCUUUCUCAGAAGACGAGAGAAUACUUUGGAACAUGUACUAAAGCCCGAGAGUAUGAACUUCAAUACAUACUUCAGGAUAAAGGUGUUCUUCUUACAACAUAUGAUAUUGUUCGCAAUAAUUCUAAAUCAUUACGGGGGGAUUAUCUAUCUGAUGAUGAGGAAGGUGAAGAUGGCCCCACAUGGGAUUAUAUGAUACUUGAUGAGGGCCAUCUUAUAAAGAACCCAAGCACACAGAGAGCUAAAAGUUUGCUAGAGAUACCAAGUGCCCACCGCGUAAUCAUCAGUGGCACGCCAUUGCAAAAUAAUCUGAAGGAGUUGUGGGCCUUGUUCAAUUUCUGCUGCCCUGAGUUGCUGGGCGAUAAGAAAUGGUUCAAAGAAAAUUUUGAGUCAGCUAUACUUCGUGGAAAUGACAAAAAAGCUUCUGAGAGAGAUAAGCGUGUUGGUUCUUCUGUUGCAAAGGUGCUCAGAGAUCGUAUUCAGCCCUACUUUUUAAGACGGCUGAAGAGUGAGGUUUUUAAUCAAGAUAACAAGAAUACAGCGACGAAACUUUCUCAAAAACGGGAGAUUAUCGUGUGGCUACAAUUGACUAGUAUUCAGAGAUAUCUUUAUGAAGCGUUUCUAAGGAGUGAGAUUGUUCUUUCAGCAUUUGAUGGCUCACCGCUUGCUGCACUUACGAUAUUGAAGAAAAUUUGUGAUCACCCGCUUUUGUUGACUAAGCGGGCAGCUGAAGAUGUGUUGGAAGGGAUGGACUCAAUGCUAAAGCCUGAAGAGGUUAACGUUGCAGAGAAAUUGGCAAUGCACAUAGCUGAUGUUGCUGACACAGACAAGUUCAAAGCUGAGCAUGACGUCUCAUGCAAAAUAUCUUUCAUAAUGUCAUUAUUGGAUAAUUUAAUCCCACAAGGACAUCAUGUGCUUAUUUUUUCUCAAACUCGCAAGAUGCUUAAUCUUAUUCAGGAAUCUGUAACGUCCAAAGGUUAUGAAUUUUUACGUAUUGAUGGAACAACAAAAGCUAGUGAUAGAAUAAGGAUUGUUAAUGAUUUCCAAGAAGGUGCUGCGGCUCCCAUUUUUCUCUUGACAUCUCAAGUUGGUGGUUUAGGGCUGACACUUACUAAGGCAGAUCGUGUGAUUGUAGUUGAUCCUGCUUGGAACCCAAGUACGGAUAACCAAAGUGUUGAUCGUGCAUAUCGUAUUGGCCAAAAGAAAGAUGUUCUUGUGUAUAGAUUAAUGACAUGCGGAACCGUUGAAGAAAAAAUAUACAGGAAGCAGGUAUACAAGGGGGGAUUGUUUAAAACGGCAACAGAGCAUAAAGAGCAAAUUCGGUACUUCAGCCAGCAGGAUCUCCGAGAGCUUUUCAGUCUCCCAAAGGAGGGUUUUGAUGUGUCUGUUACUCAGAAGCAAUUAGAGGAGGAGCAUGCUUGUGAAGAUACAGUGGAUGACUCGUUUAAAGCACACAUAGAGUUCUUGAAAAGUCAAGGCAUAGGUGGAGUUAGUCACCACAGUUUACUCUUUUCCAAAACAGCACCAGUCCAUGAUGCACCUGGGGAUGAUGAAGUGCCAAGGAAUCAUGGGACCAGUUAUGCUGGAGCGUCAGCAUCAACUUCCCUUGAACGUCCUGUUGAUGGAGCUGAGUUUGCUUUCAAUCCAAAGGAAGUCAAAUUGAACAAGAAAGGCUCUUCCCCAAAUAGCGCUGGUAAAUUGACUGAGUCUGAAAUCAGGGAUAAAAUCAAACGGAUUUCUCAAACACUAGCAAAUAAGGCAAUGAUUUCUAGAUUACCUGAUAGGGGAGAAAAACUACAGCAGCGGCUUGCCGAGCUAAAUUCGGAGCUCAGCAAAUUGAAGAUGGAAGAAAGAGAAGUGAUUGAUUUGGAUGAUAUAACUGGAGAAUUUCAAAGGGUAUUGAAUGUGUAGAUCAUUAUUAAGAGAACUUGAAAUUGAAUGGAUCGAGCCGUGCUCUGUUUUGGCUGCCUUGUAGACAGAAAAUUGCCAAAUGAUUACUUUCAUGUGGCAAGAUAAGGCAGUCUCUUGUGCAUUUUUGUCAAAGGUGGUGCAUUUUUUGGUCAGUUUUUGCUAUUCAAAAAGUGAAUAUAAUAUUUUGAUUUAUUCAAAACACCUUUAGUUA